CGGUUAUGUACCCACCCGGUCGAUUCCUUCAAUUUGGCUAUUAGCAGCCGUAGCAGAAGCGACAGACAGGCCGCAGUCGCAGGAGUCGUCGUUCGGGGAGAGAGCAAACUCGACGACAGUGGACUUCUAGGGUUCGCUGGAGAAGAGAGAGGGAGAUGAACCACUCCGCCGAGGAAAGAGGAGAGCCCAUUGGACGUCCACGGAUCUGCACGCUUCCACCACCGGAAAUCCCCUCCUCCCUCCAACAGAGCUGGUAGAUGAGGAGCAUCCUUUGCUGUAUAAGUCGUUUGAUCAUAUGGAUUUCCUGAAGCUAAUGGAGAGAGAUGUCGGGCAGGCAUAUUUUGGGGAUGAACUCAAUGCGCCCUUCUCAAGGCUUAUUAUGGUAUUUUCCUAUUGAUCCAUUAUAUUCAUCACGUUUGUGGGGAAUUAGUGCUUAAUUACUUGGCCUUAACAGUGCAUCGGGUACCUACCGUUCAAGGUCUUUCCUUGGCGGAGCGGCGCCUCUCCCUCCAUUUUCUCCAGCGAACCCUAGAAUCCCACCGCCGUCGACUUCGCUCUUAUCCUCUAGCGACGACUCUGCGGCUGUGGCCGUGGCCCUUCUGCGCUUCUGCUGCUAUUGCUAAUAGCCAAAUCGGAUGAAUCGGGCUGGUGGAUACAUAACUGAGCUAUAGAACCGGUUAGAGUUGGACGGGUUAAUUCGAAUGAUUAAAUUACUUUUUAUUAAUUUAUUUGAUGAUGUGUCAUGCUGAGUAAGUAAAAGUAACGGAUUUUUGGACGGAAUUGGACGGAUUGACCUUUUUGUUAUUUGUUCAAAUUUAUAUUACUGAAACGUGCAAAAUUAAAGAAUUGUGAUCAUUUUGUACAAAGUGAAUAGGUUUGUGACCAUUUAUGAUAAUUACCCCUUUAUCUCCUUCAGUGAUUCGCGGCAUCCGCCGAUAGUUCACGCUGUUUUUUUUAUCCCGCCGUUUCCCCUUCAUCGUCCCUGUUGGUCGGACGGAAUCCACGUUCUCGCCGAUCACUGUCCGGCCGCCAUUUUGCCCAAGCAACUCAGAGGUUAAAAAUCGUGAUUUUCAUCUCUUAGCUAAAAGAACCUAAACCGAGAGCAGGCUUUAACUAUGAAAACCUUAAACCCGCCCAAAACCCCUUUGACCAACAACCAGAGGCUUUUGUUUCCCGGUACGUUUUCCGCUUCGAUCUCUUCCUUCCAACCGAAAUCCACUCAAAAUUGUCGCAGAAUUUCUGUAUCUUUUAUGUCGCUGAAGAGUGAACACAACCACCUCGAGAAAUUGUGUCUACUCGAUAGCAGCCGCAAAGAGGGUGUUCUUGAUGCGAUUAAGGGUGGCUUGUCCAAUUGCCUCUCUGAGACGAAUCUUCAUUUGACGGUUCCAGGUCUCAAGUCCAAAACUAGAGGGAAGGUGAAGGAUAUUUACGAUGGUGGAGAGUACCUUGUUCUGGUAACCACUGAUAGGCAGAGUGCAUUGGAUAGAGUUCUUGCUUCCAUUCCUUUCAAAGGACAGGUUCUUAAUGAGACGAGCCUGUGAUGGUUUGAUAAAACUCUACACAUUACACCGAAUGCUGUGGUGUCUGUUCCUGAUAAGAAAAAUGCUCGGUCUUCCCUGUUGAAUUUGUUGGUGAGCAUUUGGACAUCAUAUCUGUUUGGUUUUGUUAGAGGUCGAUUCUUAUCAAGGGCUUGGUCAUUUUUUGCUAUUAUGCAGUGAGAGGAUAUGUGACAGGAAGUACUGAUACAUCGCUGUGGACAGUAUAUAAUAAAGGUGUGCGAAAUUAUUGUGGCAAUGCUCUUCCAGAUGGUGAGUAUUAACUAAUCAGUUGGUUUCUUUAUUUGCCAUAAACUUUUUUUUACCAUCCAUGACUACUGGCUGAUGCUAAAAUGUCUGCACAGGCUUGGUGAAAAAUCAAAAGCUGCAGAAAAACAUAAUCACUCCAACAACCAAGGCUGAGGAUCAUGAUGUCCCCGUAACUCCACAAGAGGUUUUCUAAAGAAUUGCCAUCUUCAACUUGUAAUCAUCAUAGUAUAAUUCUAUAAGGAGAAUGUUGAUAGUAAAAUACAAAAAUAGCAAAUCGAGGCAUCAUAAAAUUAUUUUGUAGCCUCUACUUGCUUUCAUUAUUGUUUCCUGUAAAUAUUUUGCUGGUUGCCAUCUUAAUCCCUGCAUUUCUGUAAUUGGGUAGUUUGAUUUUGUUUGAUGCAGAUAAUCAAACUUGGACUGAUGACUGAAGCUGAGUAUGAUGAAGCCAGUAGGAAAGCAUUGAGCUUGUUUGAGUUUGGACAGGUACUUUUGUUUGUUUGCCCUAAGCAAUAGUGUGAUAGUGUUGUGUUGUCAUUUGGAACUACUUUAGAUAAACCAAUGUCCUUGUUGGUCUCUGCACUAAGUGGCUUCUUAGAGAUGCCAAAUUUGUUCAUUAGAUGUUUUGCUAUGACAGAAUAGAAUUGAGUAUUCUUGCUCAAUUAGUAUCUAGAGCAUAUGUUUUCUUUGCAUGUCAGUUAUCUGGUAGGUUUAUUACACAACGUACUGUCUCUAGUUUUUCAGAUUCUAAUUCCAAGCGGAAUCCUAGCUUCUGUUUUGUUGCUCGAUGGCUAUUUUUGUUUGUCACGUCAUACUAUGGUCUUUUGAUUUUCUUUCCGUAAAUCCUGAUUGCGGAGAUUAAGAAUGUAUAGACUUGUCUGUCACAUCAACAGGGCAUUUAGGCAGAAAUGAAAUUUUCGAUUCCUGCAGAACAAGGGUACAUUCAAUUCACUUUGUCGGGGGUUCUCUGUUUUUCUCUUCCUUCCUCACGUCUCCGGAGGAGCUGUCGUUUCAUGGAAACCCAUCGCUGAUCAUAAUCACUUGUCGCCGCACCGCCGUUGUUCGUUUCUGACUCCGGAAUGGGAAGUUACAGUUGGCUCAAGCUAAUAAGUGAAAAGGAUUCGCAAUGACAAACACUGUAUUUUUACUGAUUGAAACAAUUCAGCUGAGAAAUUUUUGAUGCCCUGCAGUGCCAGCAACAUUUGUUAUCAUCCACGGCUGUGGAAGCCGCUGGGAAUGGAGGAUAUAGGCUGCGUAGAAUCACUACAUUGUCCCCCUCUGGUUUUCCUUAUCACGGUAAGCACUAAGCGAAACCUGAUUCAGUGGAAUUGUUGUUUUUCAAUGAGCUCCCAUUUACAAAUUUUUGUUGUUUCCGAUCUUCUCGUUUAAUAAGUUCUGCAGAGGUAUACUUCGAGUGGAAGGCCUACUGGUGUUGGAAUGGUGGAGAUUCGGUCGUGCUACAGGUUUUUUGGUGCUCUCUCUAGGUUCUUCUACUCCCGGAACUUGAAUUUUGUGGUUCAGGUUAAAUAUGGUUUCGCUUUUGCCAGGAUCCCUUCAUGCCAAGGAACAAAGCUAUUAUGAAGUUCUUGGCGUUCCUGAAAAUGCUUGCAAAGAAGAUAUAAAACGAGCAUUCCGUUUGGUGAGUGCAUUCAUGAGUUGCGGUGGGUUGUGUGCUAUUUAAAAAUGGCUUGAGGUUUUGUUAGGAUGGAACCAAUUCGCUUCAUUCCAUGCUCUGAUCUGCAUGCUAAUUAGUUGCAUCGAGUCAUGAUUGUUUCUAUCAAAUUACUACUAAGUUGCAGUUUGGAGCCUAAAUGCUUCAUCUUGAUAUUGGUUCAGUGAAUGACUUAUGCAUAUGGUACGCAAACCUUGCGUAAAUUGUAAAAGAAUUUUGCUCUCUUUGAACUAUAACACCUUACAUAAUGAAAUAUCUCAUGGGGAAUUUUCAAAUGGUCAAUCAGCCAUGUUAACAUGUUUACAUAUAUCCAUUUAUCGUACAUGCAGUUGGCGAAAAAGUACCAUCCUGAUGCAAACAAGAACAACCCUUCUGCAAAAAAGAAAGUCUUAGAGAUACGAGAAACCGAUGAGGUUCAUAACAUGCACUGUCCUUACCGUUCUUAUUUCUAGCACUCUGUCUGUAAAUUUUAUCAUUGCUGGGUUGUAAGUCUUGAAUGAGUCUCACACUCGCUUUGAAUGUCUGAUAGUGAUUUGUUUCUUUUGCUCUGAUAAAUCUUAGACUCCGCACGAUCCUGAGAAAAGGGGGCAAUAUGACAUGGUGAGUUCUUGGAGUCUAGCUUCACGAUAAACUGUAGGUGCUAGCUAUCUUUAUUAUCUGACUUACCCUGCUCGCCAUAUAUUGUAUUAGAGUUUGUUGCUGUAUACUUUGGCAUUGUAUUCAAUUUCCAGCUUUUACUUUGUGUUCCUUGUUCCCACCUUUAGUUCUCUUCUCAAAGUGUUCGCACCUGAUUAAAUAUUGCUGCUUGUCUGGCUCUGGCAAUGCACAGGGGUUUAGAUCUUAUCUGUCUAAGUUGAACUUGAUCUCUUCAAAAGUCUGGGUUUGGGGUGAAAGAGAUGAUGCCAUGUCAUUAUAUGUAUCCUUUUUACAGGCAACCCUGGGUGGCAAAAUUGAGGUGCCAACUUUGUCAGGGAAGAUGCAAGUACAAGUAACAGACUGUUGCCUUAGCUUGUCCUUAAUUUGCUUGCUUUCAAUAUUUUCCCUACAGUUCUUGUUGAAGUUGAGGAGCUUGUUUUGUCAAUUGUCAUAUGUGGUUACUUUCUCCCACAUUUGUAAAUGGUACAUCUUAGAGAUGGGCAGCCGACUUACAUUAGUAGCUGUUGGAAAUAGAAAGCUGUGAGUCGGUAGUAUCUGAAGGGAAUGCACUAUUAUGUACACCGGAAACCUACACUGUGCCUUCAGAUAAUUGCCAAUAGUAUAUGUUGAUAUAUGUGCAGAUAUUGGCAUUUUGUCGUAACCUAUAUUUCCCUCUUUAAUGUUGUACUAGAUACCAAGGGGGGUUCAGCACAGACAACUUCUGGUAUUGAGACACAAAGGUGUGUUGUAUUUCUUGCUGUAAGUUUGAUCUUCCCCUUCAGUUGCGCAUAUGCUCAAAGUUUCUGUUUUGUUCUGAAGGACUGCUACGGCAUGGCUUUCUUGUCGACCAUGGAGAUCAAUAUGUGAGAUUUAGGAUCAACCUCCCAAUGUAAGCGAAUUUUGCAUGAUAAGCAUAUUGAGUUGUAUGUUUCGACGGAAGAGCGUAGUUGUGGUUUGCUACUUAAUGACCAUAAACAUGUUGCUGAUUCCUUUUUCAAGGGAACUAAAUGAAAGACAAAGAGUUAUACUGGAAGAGUUUGCAAUGGAAGAGAUAAAGCAUGAAAAUGAGACUUCUGCUGAAGGAGAUUGGUAAGUUCAUUCUUCAUACCUGUUGAUGGAUGCAUAUAAUUUGUUUUGUAUUCCCUUGCAAUGGGAUGUAGUUGGUCAGUCUGGAUAUUGAGGCUAAUGACAAGCUCAGUUCAGUGAAGCCCAGUAAAAAACCUUGGCAUGAAAUGAUUAACAGUUAGUUUGUUAUAAUGCAUGUUUGGAUGUUCUUUUGACAAGGGAUUUGUCGUCAAUCCCAGAGUGGGUUUCUUUCUCUUCUUUCAAAAUGCAUGAAAAAGUUAUGUCCCUUAUUAUCACAGAAGCUUAUACAAGAGAUGGUAACAAUUGAUAUAUACAAGCUCAUGGGGUAAAAAAAAUUCAAAUCACAUUAUCCUGAAACCACUUAUAAUAUGGGACAUUUAUAUAAAGUUUCUUCGAGUCAUAAUGAUUUCUCCUCUGUUCCAUGAAUCACACAAAUUGAACAUGUGUUUUUUUUAUUCCCCUGGCUAGACAUCUAAACAGAGUGUCUUGUGCAUUUAUUUAAUUUUAUUAGAAAUUAACUAGGGGUUUAGAAGUGAGAUUGUGAGUGUGACGUGAAUUAGUGGUGUUAGUGGUUGGCUAGAAUUAAGGGAAUUUAGUUUAGUGAUAAUUGUUUUGGUAUUUUCCGAUUAGUUUGCUAGGUUAUAGGGUUAUUAGUUUUAUGUUCUCUAUUUAAAGGAGAUGUACAGAGAAAGAGGUAUCAAUCAAGUAUAAUAAAAAAAAGGGUUUACACACCUACAUGUUAAUUUGGGAGGUUGGCUUUCCUCAAAAACGUAUAGGGGUUCCGUUCUCGCCAUUAAGGAGAACACUUCUUUCUUCUAAUCUAUCUAUCUUUUCUCCAUUCUAAUUCUUCCUAUUCCGAUCUUUCUUUCUAAAUCGUAUUCGUGCAGAAAGGGCACAUAACACAGCGUCAACAACGAGUUACAACAAUUUCCGCAGUAUGAAAUCAGGGUUCUUGUCAUUGUCUAUGGCGCAGAACUUUUUCGACAACUCGUUUAUUGUACAAGUCAAUGCUUGUCUUUAGUUGCAUCAUCUUUGUUGUGUUUCCUUGGUUGACGAAUCUGUAGAAUUCACCACCUUCAAUCGCAUAUGCAUUAUAUUUGACUGCUCCCGUGUGAGGCAGCUUCAGCGGUAUUGCUUCUGACUAUUAAAGAUACUGAUCUGGACAGCACAGGCUAUAUCAGCAGCUAUCUACUGGUUGAACAUGCCAAUGGUGUCCUAGAUUCAUGCUCGAGUUUUCGGUCCUCAUUCUAAUCAUCAGGAGUACAUUGGGCUGAAAAAGUCUGCCAGCGGACAUGUCAGGAUGUCAAAUUUCUCCCUCACCUGUUAGUCAGUGUACAGUUUUCAUUAUUCGGUCGCACGAAGGUAUCAUUCUUGUCAAACUUUUGUGACUAGAGUGGAAAUGAUUGAGUAGCUAUUGACAUGUUUUCUUCCUUCUCCAGUGGGUGCAAAUAUCAGGUCGUAGUCGCUGUUUGUGGGUCACAACACAACUCACAAGGAUGAACUUUUUGACUCUCUAAGACAAUGGUCUCGUGGCUGGAAGUGAAGGAAAGGAAACGCCACUGUGUUUGUGGACUCCUCAAAAAAGCAUAUACGCAACUCGAUUGCAUAUUAGACGAUGGUUGUCAAAAGAAGUUUCGACUCCUCAAAGGUACAGAAAUUGAUGUUAGUAUUUACUUUAUGCUGCAAGUUGGUGCCGUCAUAUCAUCCAAUCCAUUCUAAGCGGUUUGUCAUAGUAUUUACUAAUUGACAAAAAGAGUGACAAUUGCAUGUUUGUUUACAUGUAUUUGUUAAGAGAACCAGAAGUCAAUAUUCAAGAGCGUUGAUAUGGUCGUGACGUUUGUCUCCCCUUCCGUGGAAACUUUUGACUAGUAGCGCUGGAGCUAUGCUACUUCUUUAUUUGGAUCGAUUGGAUGGGGAUUUUUUUUGUGGUCAUAGGGAUGGGGAUUUGAACCAGCACAAUUUUUCAUUUUCUCGGAUUUGAGAGGGGAUAAUUAAGAAACGAGAAAUUUCGGUGUUCAAGGAUUUCUAAAACCUGCAUAUAUAUGACUGUUGCUAUUUCGAAAUCCCCAAGUACUAUGUUGUCUUUUCUUUGGAUUCUAUCCCUUUUACUUUUAAUAGAAUCCAAAAUUAGCCUCAUCUCGUAGUUGACGGAAACAAAUGCACAUCUGUAAU